CUAUCUCGAACCAUGCCUGCCGCAGAGGACCAGGACUAACUACCAACUGUUGUGGCCGUUCCUGGUGCUGUAGGCCCCAGCUCACAGCACUAUUUUUUUUACGCCACUCGGUUUCCUUCCUCCAGAUUAUUAAAGCCACCUCCAUCCAUCCGGAGAGAGAGAAGAGAGAGGAGACGAGGAGGAGGAGGAGAAAGAGCAAAGCGAUCAACAACCGGAAGAGAGAGAGAGAGAGAAAGAGAGAGAGAGGAUGGAACACCAAGAGUCGUGCUCGUCUUCCUCCCUGCGGCAGUGCAGGAUUUGCCAUGACGAGGAGGAUGAGAGCUGCACAAGCAUGGAGUCGCCCUGCGCAUGCUCUGGCUCCCUCAAGUAUGCUCACAGGGGAUGCGUGCAGAGAUGGUGCGAUGAGAAGGGGAGCACCCUCUGCGAGAUUUGCCUUCAGAAUUUCGAACCUGGCUACACCGUUCCUCCCAAGAAAGCUCAACAUGCCGAUGUCGCGGUAACAAUCAGAGGCAGCCUGGAGGUGCCCAGGCUGAACUACGAGCCGGAGGAGGACGAUGCGCCGUUGGUUGGGCCCGACGCGGCGGCCGGUGAUCCGGAGUACGCCGAGUGCGCCCGCGCCGCCGGCAGGAGCGCGUCCUGGUGCCGCUCGGUGGCCGUAACGUUCACGCUCGUGCUGCUGCUAAGGCACCUCGUCGCCGUGGUUGCGGUCGGAGCGGCCAAUCAGUACGCGUUCAGCCUCCUGACAGUAUACAUGCUGAGGGCCAGUGGGAUCUUGCUUCCGUUCUACGUCGUCAUGAGGCUCAUCUCCGUGAUCCAGCAAGGACAGAGGCAGUAUCGGGUGCAGCUGCUCCAGGAGCAGAGGAGAAACGCGUCAAGAAUGAUCAGGCUGCAGGGUCAGGAACAGCAGCAACAGUAUGCAAUCCCAGUUCUCUGAGGGAAGACAAUAAAGUGUUUAUAUGUACCUUGUACAGUUGUACAAGUUUUUUUUAGGACUACAGUUGUAAAAGGUUGUGUAAAAUGCACUAGUCCAUUGUGCAAAGAAAGCAUUGUUCAUAAUCUUUCAUUCAGUUGAUGUACUGAUGCACAUUAAAACUGCAUCAACUUGACGCUGGACGUCUGAAAUCUGAAUCCUGCUAAAAAGUGGCAUCAAUGUUGGUACUUAGCACUAGCGUAUUCAA